AAAUAUAAAAAUGUGCUAUCCAAUGUAUGGCCUUCAUACUGGCUGCACUUAAAUCCCAGAUCCUCCUUUGAAGAGCCUUGAAUAGGACACUAAAUGACAUAUUGUGGAGCUAAAUAUGACCACAUCAUGAAAAACGACUGCAGGCAGCUGAUGAAGCCUGUUUCCAUGGUGACGCGGUAGCAUUUUUUUCACCUCCGUGAGCUGCAGCCUAGCAUUCAGUCUGGACCAGUUUACCUUCUAACAUGGUCACAUACCGCAUCUACGUGCACACAGCAGGGUGAUUGUUUGUAUGGCAGCUCCAACAUGAUGACCUACCAGGUAAACGCAUCGAUACCCACCACAAAGGCUUUAAUCUCACAGGGAAGCUCGAGUUGCAGCCAGCGCGGCCCUGAUGCUUCUGGAUACCCACCAUACAGGAACUUCGGGAUGGGAACAGGAGGAGGAGGACGUCCAGCUUUCAGCCAGACUCAAAUAAGGAAAUUUCCCGUCAUACAACCCUUGAGCAAGUCCAGAGAUGGGAAAAUCUUGCUGAGCGGCUUCACAGUUGGAGGGACGCCUAACUUAACCAAAGAUGACAACCUGGAAUCAGAGAAUAACGACCUAGAGAAGGGCAUCUGUGGGAGGCACUUUCUGUUUGAUGAAAAAUGUGCGAGGUUGGAGAGAACCAGAACGGUGAUUCCUCCACUGCCAAGAGACUACCACGUGCACCGCUCUGGUAUCCUGCAUCCCGUCAGCCUGUCCAAGAAGCUUUCCCACAGCCAUGCAGGGCGGCCCUUCACCCUGGGUUACCCCGAAAGAUACGAACUGAACACGAGUCCAGCCGUCCUCUUUCCAUCGACUUCAGUCCUCAACGGCAGAAACAUCUUCUCAGUUAAGAACUGCACGCUCAGCAGGCCUAAGGUGAAUUAUCCAACCUUCAAUCUACUGACUGUUAAAGACAAUCAGAAAAGCCAGUCCUAUCCAGACCCAAUGGUCGGAGCCUCUCGCUCUUUUAUCCACAGGAUAUCUGAGCUGUCCUCUUUGGAGGGCGAGACGGUGAGACAAGAAAAGCUCAAGAAAUUGCGGAAAUCUAAAAAACCACCUCCAUCCUGACAAUCACCUACUUCCCAGUCACGCUGGUCGAGGAUAAAAACCUCUGAGUCUGUGCCAACGACCGAACAAAAUAAAACACUUAGUGCGCCGUGUUCAUUUCAGUGGCUCGUUCUAACUGCUUGUUUGUCCUCGGUGAUAUUAGUUUGCUGCUUAACAUGGCUGGUCUUUACAUUCUGGGACUCCUGACCUGAGCUCUUCUCUUUUAGUGAUUACAUGGAGUAUGUACUCUGGUAAGCUGCAGUGUUUGCUACAACAAUAGAUGUGGAUGAUGAAUAUUAAGUAACUUCUUUUCUAGUCUGACUCACAGCUGUCAGUGCUUCUCCACUAAACAUCUGCAUGAAGAGAUAUCUAUCUUCCUAAUGGCUUUUAAUGGCUGUUAUGUAGUACUGCCAUAUUCCUCUGUGUAUCAUCAGUAUGUUGCAGAUGCUCUCCCACUUAAAACAGAUUACAGCAGUAUUCCAGACAUUUCAAACAUAUAUUUAAGUUUCGUUAAGUUAGUGAAAUACUUCUGUACAUAUUUGAUAGUUUAGCAAAACCAUUAUUGUGCCUUGUUAAAUGUCUUCCUGAAAUUAAAUAAAUUUAUUUUUGUUAUUUUAAAGA